AACUUUAUUGAAAACAAAAGUGACAGUGACAGGAUAAGUAGAAAAUUCAGUCUCCAUUUUCAUUGGGAAAUUAUUAUUCAUAAAAGGGUUAAUAUUGGUGUUUACCUUUGAUUUCUCUACAGAAUAUACUUAGUUUUAAUAGUAGCCUUUGUAGUUUUAUGUUGGACAAAUAAUUUAUCACUGGGAAAGGUAUGAAAAUAACAUCUGUUUAUUUUCGCAAGAAACGACCUUGCAAAAUAAAAAUAAACGGUUGAUGUGACAGAAGAUUUGUUAUUUUUGUAUACAACGUUAUAAAACAUUCAAAAAUUUAAUCAUCCUGUGAAAAUAUACAUAAAAUGGAUUAAGGCAUGGUUAAAGUGUUGAACAGGCUCAAGAAAAAAUGUAGUUGGUAGUAACAAAAGUACUUUCAUAAUUUACUAUGGUUACCUCAAAUGGUAUGGCUGUGGAACUUAAUAAACCCCAAGAGAAACAGUACGACUAUCUAUUAAAAUUCCUACUAGUUGGGGAUAGCGAUGUAGGCAAGCAAGAAAUCCUCUCUGAUUUAGAUGAUGGAGCAUUGGAGAGCCCCUUCUGUAGUGGGAGCGCUUAUAAAACUACAACUAUACUUUUGGAUGGCAAAAGAGUGAAACUUCAACUAUGGGAUACAUCUGGACAAGGAAGAUUUUGUACAAUUAUAAGAUCUUAUUCCAGAGGGGCACAAGGGGUCUUAUUAGUAUAUGAUAUAACAAAUAGAUGGUCAUUUGAUGGUUUAGACCGGUGGUUAAAAGAAGUAGAUAGCCAUGCACCAGGAGUUCCUAAGGUAUUGGUAGGAAACCGACUUCAUUUAGCUUUUAAAAGAAAGGUGGGACAAAGAGAUGCUCAGAUCUAUGCAAAUAAGCACAGUAUGGCAUUUUUUGAAGUCUCACCAUUAUGUAAUUUCAAUAUUCAUGAGAGUUUUUGUGAACUAUCAAGAAUGGCACUACAACGAAAUGGAAUGGAGAGACUCUGGAGAUCUAACAAAGUCUUAAGUUUACAAGAAUUGUGCUGUAGGGCCAUUGUAGCUCGUACAACAGUUUACAGUAUAGAACAACUACCAUUGCCAACAUGUGUAAAGUCCCAUCUUAAAUCAUAUGCUCUCACAUCAACAAAUACUCAGUUGAAAUAUACACAAUCCCACAAAAAAGGCAGCGGUGGCAGAAAAUUUAGGUUUACAAGUAUUCCCACUACUCCAGCUGGCAUGGAUAGUAGAACAAGUUGUGUACCCAGAAACUCAUGUACAAUAUCUUGACCUACUACUGAAGAAAUCCAAAGAUUUUACAUAACAGUCAGUCUGGUUCUCAUUUUCACGUUUAUUUAUAUUUCUCUAGUUGUCAUCAUACCAGAAAUUUCCUUUAAUUAAUAGUGUUUGAUAGUGUGUAAUCUCUAAAUUAUUCUUUGAAGAUUUUUUAACUUUAAUUUGAAAUAUAUAUAUUUUUUUCUACAAGUAGAUAAUACAUUUAUUAAAAAUAAGGAAAAAUGUUAUAUAUUGUAGCAUUUCUUCCCUUAAAAAUAUCAAUAAAAAUUAUACUUUUCACUGAAUGGCAGUUAUGAGACCGUCCAUUUCUUAUCAGGUUUUUAAUGUUAAAUCGCGAAUGUGAUUUUAUUGAUGAUUUUACUUACAAUACAGUCUAAUAUUUUUAUCACUUCUUUAUACAAGUUUGGUAAUAGGGACUUAAACAUAUAACAUAAUUUAUUAAAAGUAUUUUUGUUGAAA